AACGUAAAAGAACUGAAAAGGAGGAUUCCGAACCAAAAACAAAAAAAAACAAAAAAGAUGGUAAAAAGUCAAAUGUGGCAUCUAAGAAUCCAGAUAAAAAAGCAGAUAAAACUGUGAAAACGAAAAGCAGUGCUGGCAAAGAAAAUGAAGACGGAACAGUAAUAUACAAAAAUGGAGAGAACAGCCAGGAAGAUAACGAAAUUUUGAGCAAACAGAAAUCAAUGGAUAAUUAUGUAAUAGUUGAAAAAGAUAAAGAUCUGAAAGUCUUGAAAAAAGUACUCUAAACCACGAAGAGAUAGAAAAGGAAAGCGAAACAAGUGAAACACGAGAAGACGAAAUGAAGGAAGAUGCGCACGAUACAAUAAAUGAAAAAAAAACCGAAUAUGAUAACCAGAACUUGAAUGAAACGGAGGAGAUGAAAGAAAAUGAUCUGCAAAAAGAAAAGGAUCUGCAGAAAAAAAAUGAUCUGCAGGAAGAAAAGGAUCUGCAGGAAGAAACUGAUCUGCAGAAAGAAAGUAGUACACAAGAAGAGAAGACGACUGUAAAAAGUAAGGAGGUAAAGCAACGUGGAAAAUCCCUGAAACAUAAAGAAAAAUCUUCUAACAAAAAAUUCAAAAAGCAAGAAGAAAAAGAGGAAACUUUUAAGAAAGAAAACAAAAACUUAAAGAAAAAAGUAUCAGAAUUAGAGAAUAAGUUGAGAACAGAAAAAGAUAUUAAAGAAUCUUUAAAGCAAGAAUGUGAGGAAUUAAGAAAGAAAAACAUGGAUCUACAGGAGAAGGUCAUCAAUAGGAUGGAUGAAUUCGGUAUUUUUGAAUACUAUUUGAAAACAGAAAAGCUUUUAAGUCCGGUUGAAAUUGAAGACCAAAAACGAGAGGUCGGUGCGUGGAUAGCUGCAAAGAUGUGGGAUUUAAAUAGGCCACCUCGAAAGCCCUAACAAUCUAAUAAUACUGACAAAAAGAAAAGCAAACCUGCCAAAGGAAAAACUAAAAGAAAGGAAGAUAAAGAAGUAGACGAAAGUGAAUCUGAAGAAGGAGAAGCAGAGGAUAUAACAAAAUCUGAUGAAGAAUCUCAAUCUGAUAGUCAAUCUGAAAAUGGAGAGAAAGAAUCUGAGAGUGAAGAAGAUUCUAAAGAUGAAAAUGAUGACUCUGAAGACGGAAGCAAUUCUGAUGAGGGAAUCAAUUCUGAUGUUAAAAAAAGAAGUAAGAAAAGAAAUUCAGAAGAUAAAGUAGAAUAAAGUUACACACAUAAUGAUUAGAGGUGAAUGAAGGAGGUAAAUUAAUCAUUAAGGAUGUACGUUAAACAUAUAUCGACCGCUGAGUAGAAGAAAAACGUAUCUCGUCAUCGGCUUGAAGAACGUCGUAACCCGGCGGUGGCUUCGAGAAAGUCGUAACUUGGCGGCGGCUUUGAGAACGUCGCAUCUCGAGAUUCGCUUGAAGAACCACUUUUAUUUUUGCGAUUCUUGCUAAAUUGAAGCGAAUCUCGAGAUACAACGUUCUCGGAGCCGCCGCCGAGACGCGACCUUCUGGAAGCCGCCGCCGGGAUACAACAUUUUCGAAGCCACCGCACGAGAUUUCUUCUUCCACUCAGCCGUCGAUAUCGUCAUAUCAAAGCUUUAAAAGAAGCGUUUCUUUUUACAUGUGAUUAUUAUCUUAAGAUACCUGCAAAUGUGCAAAAUGUAAAUAAUAAUUACGUAAAAAAUAAGGAAAAAUGGCG